AACUUCCUUUUUGAUAAGCUUGAAACAAAUAAACCUCUUACGAGGAUUCUCUACAGCGACAUUGUUGCGGUUAGACUGAAAAUGAAAAAUACAAAGUUGAUUUUGCUGCUCUUCAGCGUCUUUGUAACGCAGACCAUGGGUAAUACAGACGAUAUGGAACAAGAGCUUGAUGAUGAAGUCGCCUGUGAAAUCUGCUUGUACAUGACAGAGACGAACGUGACAGAACAUUAUGCCAACUGCAGUUAUAGAAACCUCACGGCUAUACCAGAUAAUUUGACUUCAAAUAUAACGGCUUUUAACAUAACGAGUUUGGAUUUGGUCGGAAACUUAAUCAGUAACUUGAGCAAGAUAUCCUGGGAGAAGUUCAAGUCCUUGCAAAGGUUAUCGUUGGCAGGAAAUCAGAUACAUGCACUAGAAGACGGAAAUUUUGAAAACCUUUCAAGUCUGGAAGUGCUAGACCUGAGUUUGAAUCAUAUACGGUAUACUGACAUUAGUGACAAUGUAUUCAAACACCUGAAAGCCUUAAGAUACCUCGAUCUAAAGCAAACUCUCACUGGAAUCUGGGAAAAUGAGACAUAUCCUGUUUCACUUGGUCAGUUAUCGACACUAGAAAUUCUGAUGCUUGACGGACUAGAAAAUGCAAACUUACCAAAAAUGCCAAAUCUGACAGAACUCUAUCUUUCAGGAGAGUACGGGCGGUGUAACAUUACAAAGUUAAAUCAGACGUACUUUGUCGGUGUAGAAAAAGUUGAACACCUCUACAUUUCCAAUUGUUCCAUUGAAAAAAUAGGCAAUAACACGUUUGGAAUUUUCCCAAAGUUAACAUCAUUGGACCUUGCACGUAAUACACAAUUAGGUAUUGAAUCUGUGCCAAAUAUAACAUACGCUUUGAGCGUUACCAAAACAAUAAAACGUCUCAACCUUAACUCAUUGUAUGACUAUAUAAACUAUGAUCAGUGUUCAUCACUAGAGUCAGAUGAUCUCAAAUACUUAACUGACACCACCUUAGAGAUGUUGUCUUUAGAAAGGAACUAUAUAGUGCGAAUGGCAGAUAGCGCGGUGAACUACUUUCCACAAUCACUAAAGUAUCUCUCCAUCAGUGACAACAUGUUUAUGUACGGGAAAUAUGUAGCUCAUAUGUUAAAAAAACGUACAAUGCAUAAUUUAGUGUAUUAUGACACUAGCAAGAUGUAUAAAACCCACAUUCCUGUGGCGACUGUCUCUCUGUCACAAGUAAGAAAAGUUGACAGAAAGUUAAGUUCCACCCAAAGUAAAUGUAAAAAGAAUGAAAACUUCAAAAACAUAUAUGAUUCAAUGUUAACACGUAAAAAUAUCAUAGAUGAUUUCGAAGCAAUGUGGAACAAAAUGAGAAAGAAUUGCAUUGGUCCAGCAAAACAAUCGUCCAGUUGCACAGACAUUCAAUCGUCUAAGUACACAGACAUUCGGGAUCAAGCCUCGAUUGAAAGUAGUCUGGAGUAUCUGGAUUUGUCAGAAAAUCUUCCUGGAACAAUUCAUAUAGCUCUUGAACUUUUCAGUAACACGCCAAACAUGACGUUUCUCAAUGUUUCCAACAACUAUUUAGGUUAUCCUUUACUUGAUGAAAAUAAACUGUUCGAAUCAGUAAAAAACCUUCGCACGUUAGACAUCAGUAAUAACAGAAUAACGAAGUUAAUGCCCGAUAUCUUCGUGAAUCUGACAAAACUUGAAAAUCUCUAUUUGUCCAACAACAGACUGACGUCAGUAUAUUUCAAUAUAACACCUCUAAAGAAGUUGAAACAGCUUGACCUCAGCUCUAACCGUCUGGCGAAAGUCAAUAAAAAAGCCAGAGAGUCCCUAGAUGUGCUGACCAACGUAAAAAUUAACUUAGCUUAUAACGCUUUAAUGUGCACGUGCAAAAAUAUACAUUUUGUUAUGUGGCUUCAUGAAAACAUUAAAGAAAAGUUACAUGGAUUGGACGAAACAAACUGCACAUUUGAUAACAGUACAGCAGUACCCGUCGGACAAUUUAAUUUUCACCAGUUUUAUUUUGAAUGUUCUCCACCAGAAUACCACACUAUCAUUCUAGUUGUCAGUCUCGGCAUUCUUGCUUUCAUUAUCAUUGUCUCUUGUGGUCUCGUCUACAGGUUUAAAUGGAACUUGCGAUAUUUAUAUUAUAUGACUAAAUUCAAGCUAACGGGCGGUUACCAACCUAUUGAUGACAGGGAAUACGAUAAAGACGUUUUUGUCUCGUACGCAGAUGAGGACCGGGGAUUUGUACAUCAAGACGUUGUGCAAGAAUUGGAAACAGACGGUAAUAUAUCUUUAUUAGUCCACGAUCGUGAUUUCCGUGCAGGAGAGUUAGUGGCAGAUAACAUAAUGCGGGCCAUCACAUCUACACGCCGGACACUAGUCAUUCUUACAACAGCAUACAUUCGUAGUAAAUGGUGCAUGUAUGAACUAAAUAUGGCCCGCAUGGAGGCGGCGGAUACUGGCAGAAACGUUCUCUGUGUCAUUCUUAAGGAAGACAUUCCGGUUAAAUACCUUCCUAUAGAAGUUAUAGACAUAAUAAAGAAGAAAACAUAUAUAGAGUUUCCAACAGAGCAAGUGCAUAUGAACUUAUUCUGGAACAGACUUCGGACAACCCUAAAUCAUGAAACGACAUUCUCCAUGCUUAAUCCUCGUAAGUUGAAUGCUCUGUUAAAACGACUGUUGAAUAUGGCGGCUGAUUUCUGCCGUCUUCAUUCCAUCGUUGUGGUGCUCAUGAAAGAACAAAAAGGGAAAGAUACUUUAUCCGUUCGUGACGCAAGAGAACCAAAAGAGCAACGUAUUUUCAACGAAUUGGAUGACUUGCUUUCGGUGUUUGGGUUAGGCGAACCACCCACACAUGCCUCACAAGAUCAGUCUUCCGGUAGAACAUCGCCGACUUUUGCUACUGAAACCUCACUAGAAGAGCGUGUUAACCGUUUCUUUAUAGCAGUGGCGGUUACAGAAGAGGCUUGCCAAGCAGACGACACAGAGGAUCAACAUGACGACCAUGUCCCUGUGACCAAUGAAUAUGAUCCUCAGAGUGAUAUAGAUGACGUCUCAACUAAAAUAAACACAGGUUGUCCUUGCAAAAGGAAUUGUUAUCUGAACUUUACUGUGGACCGAAUUCAGACGCAUAUUCUUAGCCUACGAGAGAUGUCCAAGAAUGAAAAAGAAAUGCUUCUAAUGGGGACAUUAAAACGGGUAGGUGACAAUUCCAGAUGUAAAAAUAAAGAAAGAACGCGACAAAGAUAUGACUAUUAUUUCGAUGGCAAAAAGAUCUGUCAAGAAGCAUUUUCAUUUAUAUUUGACACUAAACAUAAGACCCUAAGAAACAUUUUGGCACACAUGAAAGAACAUGGAACGGAACCGCGCGUUCAUGGUCACACAGGCAGACGAGCACCAAAUGCGUUUGCGCCAGACGUAAUUAGAAAUGCAAUCCAAUUUCUAAUCAACUACGCAAGUGAAGUCGGCCUUCCCCAGCCGGCAGCUCCCAGAGGUCGCAGUGAUGAACCUCCAAUAUAUUUGCCGUCGUCGGACACAAAGCUUUCAAUCCAUCAACAGUACAAAGAGGUGUGCAUAGAGAAUGACAAACUAUACGUUGGUUUAACAACAUUCAAAGACCUGUGGUCAACAUGUGUUCCGCAUAUAAAGAUAAGUUCACCAAUAGAAGAUGUGUGUCGCACUUGCGAAGAUUUUAGACAAGAAAUUAAACUUGCUAUGAGUGAAGAUGAUAAGUUGUCGGCGACAGGAAGAUAUCAAUCACAUAUUCUACAAGCUAGAAAGGAGAGGGAUGUGUACAAGAAAUGUGUAGAAAGGUCAGCUGAAAUGUUUAGGAAAAAACAAGAACUUGAUCCAUCUGCGGGAGACAAUUUUUCAAUGGACGAUAUACAUUAUACAUUUGACUUUUCCCAGUACGUCAAAUUGCCACAUCACUCCAGAGAAAAGGGGCCGACAUAUUUUAUUCAGCCCGUCAAGGUACAGAUAUUUGGUUUCCGGGUAGAUGGUUGCUGUCAGUACAACUACCUAAUCAGUGAGAACGAAACAUUAGGUCGUGAUGGACAGCUGGCUCACGGACCAGAUUCAGUUAUUUCCAUGUUAGACCAUGCGUUCCAUUCAUACGGAUCUGGUGAGAACGACUGUAGCAUUCAUGCUGACAAUUGUUUCGGUCAAAACAAGAAUCGUUACGUUCUGGCGUAUUUUGCCUGGAGAAUCAUGGUUGGAAAACACAGAAAUAUUACAUACAUGAUGCAGAUUCCCGGACAUACUCGGUGCUUGAUUGAUGCGGGAUUUGGAAACAUUAAAAAGUUAUACCGGAGAACAGACUGUGACACACCGCAACAUAUAGCUGAAGUAGUUGGAAAGUCGUCAGUCAGCAACUUUCCUGUUCAUUUCUGGUAUGGUUUUGACAUGGCUAGUUCAACAAAGAAAAAACGUGAAGAGAGGGAGCAGAACCUUGUACAGUCAACAGUAACGGCUGUAUUAAAAGCACUGAAAGAACAGGGCAUUGUUCCUGAAAAAGCAGAUAAUCAGAACAAUGAAAACCAAACAAGCAAGAAGGCUGCUCAAAACCAAACACAAAAACACAGCAAGAAACAUGAACAUCCUCCUGUUAAUGAAGUGGGAUCAAAUGAAGCUAUUGAUUAUGCCGAUGACAAUAACACACAUACUGCACAGCCAAACAAUCAUAUUGAUAUUGAAAUAGACAGUGACACUCUGGAUAAGAACAACAGACAGACUGUCAAAAACACACAGGAAGACACAGUGCAAACUGUUCAUAGCAAUGUCACCGCAAACUCUUCGAGUCAGGGUAAACAGACAGAGGAAGGCGAUAUCCGUGAGGUCAUUACAGCCCUACUGACAGGCGGUGGCAAUAUACAACACCCCUCGCCAGGUAUUGUGCCGCAAACUGAUUUGUUUGCUUGUGGUGCCGCUCUGGGGUCAUUGGUGCCUCUAAAACUAAAACAAGCAAUUUGGAACAAUUACUUUGUAGAAAUGUCUGACAUUCUCUCAAAGAAAGAAAAUAGAGAUCUGAACCUUGAAGUGUCUCCUCCCCAAGGUCGACUGUCGCUGGAAGCCCCGGCAACAAAGUCCCAGAACCUUAACAUUACACAAUGGAUUACAGCAUUUUUAACAUUUAUAGAUGUUUAUGUUCAAAAAAGAACAAUAUUGUUUCUGCUGCUCUUCAGCGUCUUUGUAACGCAGAUCACGGGUAAUACAGACGAUACGGAACAAGAGUCGGAUGAAGAUGUCGGCUGUGAAAUCUGCUUUUACAUGACAGAGAUGAACGUGACAGAAUAUCAUGCCAACUGCAGUUAUAGAAACCUCACGGAAAUACCAGACCAUUUUACAUCGAAUAUAACAGCUUAUAACAUAACGAGUUUGGAUUUGGUCGGAAACGUUAUCAGUAACUUGAGCAAAAUAUCAUGGAAGAAGUUUGAGUCCUUGAAAAGGUUAUCAUUGGCAAGAAAUCAGAUACAUGUACUAGAAGACGGAAACUUCGUGAAGCUUUCAAGCCUGGAAGUGCUAGACCUGAGUUUGAAUCACAUACGGUAUACUGACAUUAGCGACAAUGUAUUCAAACACCUGAAAUCCUUAAAAUACCUCGAUCUAAAGCAAACUGUGACAGGUCUCUUGGAGAAUGAGACGUAUCCAGUUGCACUUGGUCAGUUAUCGACACUACAAAUUCUGAUGCUUGACGGACUGGACAAUGAAACUUUACCAAAAAUGCCAAAUCUGACAGAACUCUAUCUUUCAGGAGAGUAUGGGCGGUGUAACAUUACAAGAUUGAAUCAGACAUAUUUUGCCGGUCUAGAAAAUGUUGAACAUCUCUACAUUUCCAAUUGUUCCAUUAGAAGAAAAGACAAUAACACAUUUGGAAAUUUGCCGAAGUUAAGAUCAUUGGACCUUGCACGUAAUACACAAUUAAGGAUUGAAUCUGUGCCAAAUAUAACAUACGGUUUGAGCGUUACCAAAACGAUAAAACGUCUGAACCUUAACUCAUUAUAUGACUAUAUAAAUUAUGAUCUGUGUUCAUCACUAGAUUUAGUUGAUAUCGAAUACUUAGCUGAUACGCCCUUAGAGAUGUUGUCUAUGGAAAAGAAUUAUAUGGUGCGAAUGGCAGAUAACGCGGUGGACUACUUUCCACAAUCACUAAAAUAUCUCUCCAUCAGUGACAACAUGUUUAUGUACGGGAAAUAUAUAGCUCUUAUGUUAAACAAAGGUACAAUGCAUAAUUUAGUGUAUUUUGACACUAGCAAGAUGUAUAAAACCCACAUUCCUGUGGCGACAGUCUCUCCGUCACAAGUUAGAAAAGGUGACAGGAAGAUAAGUUCUAUCCAAAGUAAAUGUAAAGAGGAUGGAAACUUCGAAAAUAUAUAUGAUACGAUGUUAACACGUAAAAAUAUCAUAGACGAUUUUGAAGCAAUGUGGAACAAAAUUAGAAAGAAUUGCAUUGGUCCAGCAAAACAAUCGUCCAGUUGCACAGACAUUCAAUCGUCCAAGUACACAGACAUUCAGGAUCAAGCCUCGAUUGUAAGUAGUCUGGAGUAUCUAGAUUUGUCAGAAAAUCUUCCAGGAACAAUUCAUAUGGCUCUUGAACUUUUUAAUAAUACGCCAAACAUGACAUUUCUCAAUGUUUCAAACAACUAUUUAGGUUAUCCUUUACUUGAUGAAAAUACAGUGUUCGAAUCAGUAAAACACCUUCGCACGUUAGACAUCAGUAAUAACAGAAUAACGAAGUUAAUGCCCGAUAUCUUCGUGAAUCUGACAAAACUUGAAAAUCUCUUUUUGUCUAACAACAGACUGACAUCAGUAGAUUUCAAUAUGACACCUCUAAAGAAGUUGAAACAGCUUGACCUCAGCUCUAACCAUCUAGAGAAAGUCAAUAAAAAAGCCAGGGAGUCCCUAGAUUUGCUGACCAACGUAACAAUUAACUUAGCUUAUAACAGUUUAAUGUGCACGUGCAAAAAUAUUCAUUUUGUUAUGUGGCUUCAAAAUGUUAAAGAAAAGUUAAAUAGAUUGGAAGAAACAAACUGCACGUUUGAUAACAGUACAACAGUACCCGUCGGACAAUUUAGUUUUCACCAGUUUUAUUUUGAAUGUUCUCCACCGAAAUACCACACUAUCAUUCUAGUUGUCAGUCUCGGCAUUCUUUCUUUCAUUAUCAUUGUCUCUUGUGGUCUCGUCUACAGGUUUAAAUGGAAUUUGCGAUAUUUAUAUUAUAUGACUAAAUUCAAGCUAACGGGCGGUUAUCAACCCAUUGAUGACAGGGAAUACGAUAAAGAUGUUUUUGUUUCGUACGCAAAUGAGGACCGGGGAUUUGUACGUCAACACGUUGUGCAAGAACUGGAAACCGAUGGUAAUAUAUCUUUGUUAGUCCACGAUCGUGAUUUCCGUGCAGGAGAGUUAGUGGCAGAUAACAUUAUGCGGGCAGUUACGUCUACACGACGGACACUAGUUAUUCUUACGACAGCAUACAUUAGUAGUAAAUGGUGCAUGUAUGAACUGAAUAUGGCCCGCAUGGAGGCGGCUGAUACUGGUAGAAACGUUCUCUGUGUCAUUCUUAAGGAAGACAUUCCGGUUAAAUAUCUUCCUAUAGAAGUUAUAGAUAUCAUAAAGAAGAAAACAUAUAUAGAGUUUCCAACAGAACAAGUGCAUAUGAACCUUUUCUGGAACAGACUUCGGACAACCCUAAAUAAUGAAACGUGAUGCCGCAUUGGAUUUGAGGCCGAUUAUAUUUUAUGAGCCUGAAAUGGUAUGUGUAAAAUUGUUCAAAGAAAGAAUGCCUAUGCAGAGACUGGUGACUAAACCUUUCUUCAUUCCAUUAUGCCUUCUUUUCAUGAUAUAAGCAUUAAGCGUCACAUCCGUUAUAUAUUUAUUGUAGAUUCUCUCCGCAAAUUCAAAAGAACAUGAUUACGCAUACACUGCAUUAUGUAUAGAAAACAUUAGGGAUGUGGGACAAUGUGGGCUUCAUUUUUAGUAUUUGUUUUACAGAAGUGCCCGACUGUAUUCUGACAAUAUCAAAUAGGAACAGAAUUCCUUUUCUUUUAUUUUAUUUUAUUUUUAUUGAUCCACCAACCCGUUAUCAAUUACUGCCCUAAAACCUAAACGGUAGAGGCAGGCAUAAAGUAACUAAAAAGAAAAAAAGCGAAAAAAAAUGGUAUUGGAGCCGCAUAAUGGCGGAUACAAAUAGUCCUCAGUUUAUUUUUGCUCUGUAGGGCUAUUUUCCUUUUAGUCUUUGCAAUUUGUUUGCUAAAUCACAUAACAGACCUAUGCUUGAUGUGUAGGUAGCAACAAUACGACAGAAAUUUUCUUGGUAACUUAAAUCAUACACCACCCCUAAAAGUUAUGGUCUCAUUUUUUAGCUGAUUUUGUAGGUUUUAUGUUUGACUAAAAAUAGUUUUCUCCCAUCAAAUAUGACUCCCACUUUUCUUUUGAUUUUUAUUCAGCACUGACAAUAUUCUUCAAGAAAAUUGAAGUUACAGACAUUUAAAAUGGGUCCUGAUGUGUGCUGCGGCCGCUGGAAAUUUGUCAUUGUUAAUAGAAUAAAGAAGGCCAGCUAUUUAGUGUGUUGUAGCCUGGGAAGCCGUUGAUAAUAUUUGUGCUUUGUCAGAAGAAAUAAUACAUCAUAUCCAUGCAUUAAAGAUCCGACUUAAUUUGCGCUAAUUAGUGUUAAUUGGCAUUUAGCGAGCUUCUGAUAUUUUCGUCAAUUUGCAGGUAGAAAAAAAAAGUAAGAACUUGUCAGACUGGAUUCCCAUGCUAAUAUAAGUGUGUUGUAACAUAGACCUCUCCAUAGUUAAUCCUCGUAAGUUGAAUGCUCUGUUAAAACGGCUGUUGAACAUAGUGGCUGAUAUCUGCCGUCAUUCCAUCGUUAUGGUGCUCGUGAAAGAACAAAAAGGGGAAGACACUUUAUCCAUUCGUGACGCAGGAGAAGCAAGAGCAACGUAUUUUCAACGUAAGUCGAAAUUUCGAGUUAAUAUCUCGAAAUUUAACGUAUCUCGUAAUUUUAAGUUACUAUGUUGAAAUAUCGAGUAACUUUGUCGAAAUUUCGAGUUAUUAAGUCGAAAUUUCGAGUAACGUAUAUCGAAAUUUCAAGGUACUAACUACAGAAGUUUACGUUGAUGUAUAGGUCCUGGCCAAGAUUAGUUUUUUUGUUGUUGUUUUUUUGGAUUUAACGUCGCACCGACACAUGAUAGGUCAUAUGGCGACUUUCCAGCUUUAAUGGUGGAGGAAGAUUGGGUAUUAAAGGUACCUGGUGUAAAAAUCGGGAAGCUCUACAGAGCCAUAUGGUUAACAUGACAGGGCAGCGUUUGAUCAUAAAAAGUAUCACUCUUUUAAACCACCUUUAAGUCUGGAAGGUUUUCCACCUACUUUGAACCGAUAUGGCAGGGUAAUAAUAUAGAUAUAUACCCUUACACGAACAUGUUGUAAUGAGAUUGGGUAACUGGACAGAUCUAGAAUGUGAAUAUUCGUUCAACUUAUUACAAUACUUUUAACUAUUUUACCAGAUCUGGAAGGUUUUCGAUCUAGUUCGAGCCCCUAUCACCUGAACAUAAUAGACAUGAAAAUGAAGGUAUAUAUCCUGGAUACAACUUGAAAUCUGGGGUAGCUCUAGAGGCUGCGGUAGUCCAUACAUUGGUGUAUGGUAGUCAUACAUUGGCGUAUGGUAGUAUAUGUUCAAGUCCCUAUAUGUUCGGCACAAUAUACGGAUGUGUAGAUAGAUGAUUCCAUUCCGAAUAGUCAAAAGUCGUCCAUUACAUUUUUUGGCCUUUGACAAAUGGACAGACGUUCAAAUUU